GCUUGUCAAAUUACGUACAUCAGCACCCCCAGUAAAAAAAAUCGUUCUAUAGCACAGGGCCCUGAAUAUUAGAGAUUAGUAUGCUGUGCAAACCCUUCACUCAAGUUAAGGGUCUGAAUGUGCAGCUAACUGAUGCAUUGUGCACUGAAGGCCCUCUCACUCGGGAAUUGAAACAGCAAGUUAGUCUUUGCGUGGAAAACUUGUGGAUGUGUUGAAGGUCUAGUCCACCCCAACAAAAUGCUGAAAAUUUUAUCAAAAUCGGAUGUCAAAUAAGAAAGUUAUGACAUUUCAAAGUUUCGCUUAUUUUUAAAAAAAUAGUUAUAUGAACGAGCCAGUUACAUCCAAAUUAGAGAGUCGAUGAUUUCCCUCAUUUGCAUACCGACCGGGAUGUGCAUAUAACUAUUUUGUGAUAUUAAGCGAAAUGUUAACACGUCAUAACUUUCUCAUUUUCCAUCCGAUUUUGAUAAAUUUUCAAUGUUUUGCUUGUUGGAUUUUUCUCUUUUUAUUCGAAUCAAGGCAAGGUCUGACGUGACAUGCCUGCAGAGUCUAGACUAGUACGACCCUGGAGGCUGGAUAUAUAGACCAAUCACAUCACGUUGUUUACAAGCUCGGAGAAGAUCGAAAAAUGGCGGGGACAGCUACUAAAACUAAAAACACAAUUACCUUGAAAGGAUCAAGUGAAAUUGUUGCAGAAUUCUUCUAUUAUGGCAUCAAUAACUUGUUGUACCAGCGUGGCAUCUAUCCAGCAGAGACAUUUGCAAGAUGCGACAUGUAUAAGUUACCCCUUCUGACGACCACAGAUGAACACCUCAAAGCUUACCUGUCAACGGUCAUGGAUCAACUCAAAGAAUGGCUGAAUCAAAAGAUUGUACAGAAGGUGGUAUUGACGAUAUCAAGUGAAGAAACAGAUCAAGUGAUGGAAAGAUGGCAGUUUGAUAUAGAAUGUGAUAAGACCAUGACACAUGAUAGUAAGCCAAGAGAGAAGUCACAAGCAGAGAUUCACAAAGGAAUCCAGGCAGUCAUCAAACAAAUCACAGCUUCAGUCACAUUCCUUCCUUUAUUAGAAACAGCAUGUAAAUUCAACCUGCUCAUCUAUACCGACAAGGACCUGAACACUCCGGAAAAGUGGGAGGAGUCUGGACCGUCGCUCAUCGACAACUCGGAAGAGGUCAGGCUGAGGUCGUUCACAACAUCAAUACACAAGGUCAAUGCUAUGGUAUCCUACAAACUCAUGGAUGGUAUAUAAAAAUGAAAUUUCAAGUAGGAUGAUAUGCUCCAUUUUGUGUGCUUUCUGUGAAGAGUGGGUUGUCAGAGUUGAUUGCCUACGCAGUUAAGUGAACAUUUUAUGCCGUUAUUAACUUGUAAUGGUGAAACGUGAGGAAUUACAUUAUUUCCCAUUGCCUUUGUUCGAAGGGUGCACUGGCAUAAUUCCUUGCGUCACACCUAUUUUUCAGGGGGAUGGAACAAGGGUGUGACCAGGUUUUACGCCAUUAUCUGUCAGAUUUGAAAACGUUUGCAGAUAUGAACAUUUUAUGCCUUAUCGUUACUUAUGAUGGUAAAACAUUUCCCCAUGCCUCGUUCAUGUUCUGCUAUGUCAUGGGGACAUGGUACUAUUUUAGUAGUUGUGUAUUUACUGCACAUUUUGAUAAAUGGGCAUUUUUCAAAUGGGGUAUUUAUUCAGUAAAUAGUAAAUUAUACAGUAUCUGUUCACUGUACAUGUAUGAAGCAAUUUGAUUGGACGGUGGAAUGGAAGCCUGGAAGUAUCAGCCAAUCAAGUGUAAGGUUCUUGCCAUAUCAUCACUGAGUUGCAAAUUAUUGGUCAGUGGUUGGUCAUUGUGGUCAGUAGUAAUCAGUUUUGUCGAGAAGGAGAAUGAUUUUGCAGAAGCUGACUUCAAAGAUCAAAAUCUCUACAGAAAAGUUUUUGUUUAAUAGGAUACAUAGGGGGAGUGUACUGUGUUGACCAACACUGUAUUAUCUCUCAUUGACUUUGUGUUAUAAAAUGGCUAGUCGUAAAUCAUACCUUUGAGCUUAUUAGUAAUACAGAUGAUAAAUUAGUCUAUUAUUUUAUUUGUGUAGAGAAACUAAAAUAUUUUUUAGAGGAAAAGGUACCUUACUUGGUAACUCAAUAAUUGCGAUAUGAAUAUAUUGGAUAGUGAAUGCGUAUUUUAUCAAUAAAAUGAGCCUAUAUCACUAGACUACUCUGCACAGAAUGUUGCAUCAUGGGUAAUGAACCUGCCCAGACAUGAGUGGUUGAGGAAUUAGGGUGAAGUUAUUAAAGCUGCUGGCUCAUUUUCCCUUUAAAGUCUUCACCUUCAGAUAUAUGCAAAACAGAAAUUUCUGGUUUAUUUCCCAUUUGUCUAGUACCAAUUAUUCGUCCAAUUGCCAACUCGUCAACUAUCAUUUGGUCUACCAUCAGUUCGUCCACUAUCCACAUGGUCUAAUUGCCAAUUUGUCCACUCACCAUUUCAUCUAAUAACCAGUUGGUCCAAUAGCCAUUUAGUCCAUAUACCAUUUGGUCUAAUGGACUAAGUGUUAAUUCGGAAAAAUGAAUGAAAAGACCUACUGGUUAUGAGACAAAGUGGUCAAAGACAGACUGGUGAUUAGACAAAGUGAUGAUUGGACCAAAUAGUUGUUAGACGAAAUGUUGAUGGACGGAAUGGCAUUGGACUUAAUGAAGGUACAUGUAGACCAUGUGAUGAGUUGGCAAUGGUGGAAUUGGCAAUUUACCAAUAUUUCUUGGUCGAAACAUUUCUGCGGUGACAAAAGAGACUGGAUCUGGGAGUUAGUUAUCCGUAAUCCUGUCUUUGCCCUUCUCUUUGGCUGAAAGGGUUUUUAAUGAAGUCUCUAUGGCAACAAAACUUUUGAAUUGCAUAGAUUAGAUUUACAACAUAUAAAAGUCAAACAAGAAAUACAUUGUAAGGCUUACAUUAGACCAAAAGCUUUGGUCUCUGUUAUAUCAGUUGUUUCGCUGAACUCCGUUGGCUCCACUCACCAAUUACAGAGACCGAAGUUCUAACUCGAUCUGUACAGGGACUCGAUGGCCAUAUGUUUAUGUAUUAAGUUCCCGAUAAACCAGGGAUUGGGAGUUGCGCGACAGCCGAUGUAAGUCACUUUUUUUUCCUUUUAAGUUUAGUUUUCUCCGUUUUGGUGCAUUUCAGACCAGUUCUUUUUAUAUAUUUUUAUGAAAUAAAGACAAAAAUCGAUGUGCCACGUCGUGGGGAUUUGGCAUUUUUAAUCCCCUAAUGGCAGCUGCACGAUCGCGAGCCGUCUGUGUACAAGGAGAAAAAAAAAAUUAAAAAUGUUGAAACACUCCUCGAAACAGACUGCUGCCAUCUAUCUAGGCUUACAUAUGCAAUUCCACAUUUUGUUAGCUGGCAUGCCAUUCAAAUAGUAUGGAUUGCCUUUGAAUGAGGUCAUUAAAUGAAGUUUAAGCACAAGAUCGCAACAAAUCAUUAUUGAUAGCCUAAAUUCAAUAUUUCUAAGUGCCUACAUUUUGCCUUAACAUUAUUUUUUUGUACUACGCUUGUAAUAGUUACCUGUUUGUUUUUGCAUUUAUGUAAAUCAAAUUACUCUCAACAUUUUCUUACAUGCAAGAUUUCUAUUUAUAUAAUUUCACGUAGUGUUAAUUUAUUCGCCUGAAUUGAAAUAUUGCAACCUUUUUGCAAACCACGUAAAUAUCCAGUAGGUACUGCUAAUACAUGGAGUAUAAUGAUGUAAUAUGUAAUAUGUAAUAAAAUAUAAAAUGCAUAAAUUUCAAUUUUUUAAUGGUUUGUAAUGACUUAUUUUCUUUUUAGGAACGGGGGUGAAAUAAUUUGUUUUCAAUUUUCUGAGAAAAUGAUAUUUAAUUGAUUUUUUUACUAUACAAUAAGUUGGAAAGCUGUUUGUAUAUGACAUCACAAGUCAAAUAAUUAAAAUUCAAAUAAUUUUUUUAUUAUUUGAUGGAUCUUUUGUAAACCUUCGGCAAUAUUUUUUAUAAUUUUUUUCUGCUAUUUUUACAAGAAACUUUUUUUCAGGGUGAACUUCCCCUUGAAAUCUAUCCCAAAUCCAGUAGGCUACUGCACAAAACUUGCUGUUCAAUAUUUAUAUGGUACCAUAAUGAACAGUCUGUGCUAAAUAUGCAAUACGCACAAUAAUCAAUGCAUUGCAAUGCACAACAAAGAGCGUUGUGACACUAAUGAUGCUAAUGAUGUCAUAACGAGCUACAUGUAAGUCGCAGUUUUAUAAUCAAACUGAAUUACAGUCUUAUGGAGUGAGGCCAUAUUAAUUGAUUGUGGCAAGUGGCAUGGUUUUGCUCAAUAACUUUGGUGUUUUUUUUUUUUGGGGGGAUAGAUACUAUUGGAUGGCUUUAUUUCAUGGAAUAGCAUAAAUAUGUGUUAGCACCAACAUUGCACUCAUCUUUAAAGACUAUGAUUCAUGCAAUAUUGGCCCUAACUCUUGGAUUAUCUCUGGUAUCCCAUUCUGACUCAUGCAAAAAAAUAUGAAUAUUUGCCUGAAAUUGUACUAUAUAAAAAAAUU